AUGUGUGACACCGAGUACAAGAGUUUCUACUUAUGGCUGGCAGAAUUCAUAGGCUUCUUAGGCCUACUUGCACUGUGCCUGUGGCUAGCCUUACGACCCAAAGAGCCAACAUGCAGCGUCACCUUCGUAACCAUAGAACAGCCCUCUGAUCAAAACGGGACCAUCUUUUACUCUCUUGAAUUCGAGAACCAAAACAAGGACUCUAACAUCUACUAUGAUGACUCAACUUUCCUUUUCUUGUAUGGGCAGCGUCAAGACAAGGUGGCUGAGACAACCUUAAAAUCAUUUCAUCAAGGGACUAGUAGCAAGCGCGAGGAAUCUGGCACUGUCCACGCUAAAUCUGAACUACUGAAAACUCUGCUCUCCAAUGCAAUAAAAAAUGCCACCAGUGAGUUAAAGGUGGCUUUAAGGACGAGGUUUCACUACAAGACAUGGGGAAUCAAGAGCAAGUUUCAUGGGUUAAACCUUGCUACUAAUCUACCAAUAGGUGGUGAUGGGAAGCUUAAGUUUUCGGAGAAGAAAAACAAGUACAAACUCAAACAGUGUGGUACCAAGAAAUUGGUCAGCUCGGUAAAGCACUGAUCUCAUUCCCUCCAUUUCUUUCUCUUGGUUCAAUUCUUCAUCUUAUCCUUUUCCCUUCAUUUCUUCUAACACUUAGAAAACAUACCCAAUUUGUGUGCAUGUGAUCCAAUACCUAUAUGAGAGAAAUAGAGAAUGUUGCUUUACAUAGGAAAAUUAAAGAUUAGGUUAUGAUGGUUUCUUCAAAUCAAUAUUAGCUACAAUACAGUCAGCGCAAAAAAGAUUAUUUGGUUUUGCAUUAUGUUGUGUGAGAAAACUGUGUAGUUUUAGUUUUAGUAAGAUUUUCUUGUGUACAUAGUUGGUGUAAACCAGAUAGAAACAAGAGAAUUCAAUAUUUGUGUAUUCUU